GGCAGCCGAGCGAGAAUGCAAGCACAGGAGACAAACCGGCUUUUCCAGCAAAUCUACUCGCCUCAUCAUACUUAAACUUCUCCGCCCGUCAUCCUACGACGUGCGGUUCUUUUCCCCCUUCCGCCCUUUUUUUUUUCCUUUUUUUCCCUUUUUUUUCGGCUCUUGCAUCCCGUCCGCUGGUUCUAAGGCUGUUCACCGCAAACUCUGCUCUCUUUCUCUCCCCUCCCCCUAUUGAGGACGCAAAGGGGAGCGAAACAGAGAUCCCCCAUCCAGUUCGCAGAUAAAACAAACACGGCACUAUGGGUUUCUCGAUAAGGCGAGGAGUCACCAACCUGAUCCGACGCGGACAGCGCCUAGCUGGAAAUGCCCGCUGCUCGGUUUGCAUGACUUAUUUCAAAAACGCCCUCGUCAAAACCAUUCCGGCCUGCGGACACAGCUACUGCAAGACGUGUCUGCAGAAGACCUACACUCGAGCCAUGAAUGAUCCGGAGGGCAUACUCCCGCCGCGGUGUUGCGGUCAGGAGUUGACAAUGGCCUUUGCUGGGGACUUUCUUGCGGGAUAUAUACCGAAGGAGCUCGAGAUGCCGGAUUCCUAUGGUCAUACGGAUUUCCGGAGAAGGUACUUGGAGAUACUGGCCGAGAGGACUAGCGAUCCUAUCUACUGUGCACAUUGCAAGUCGCUGGGGAAACAAGUGUUUAUCCCACCAGAAGAGAUCAAUGAAGAGGAGGACUCCGCUGUUUGUAGUACCUGCUUCCAGGGAACGUGUACGCUUUGCAAGAGGAGCAACCCGCACACUACUAGCAACCCAUGCCCAGUCGAUAGCGAUGAGAGCAAACAGGAAAUCAGGUACCAGAGACUAUCUGGUAGGGCUGGGUGGAGGAGCUGUGAGGGGUGUGGAAUGAUGGUAUCGAGGGAUGUGGGGUGCGCGCAUGUGGUGUGCAGGUGUGGACAGGAUGUCUGGCUUGCAUUUUGAUUGAAAUAGCUUACCGAACGCGGCAUUUCGGGGGGGGGGUUUCUUUGACCCUGUUGAAACUUUCAUGGGAUCGAUUUGAUAUGUGUGCGGCGGGGAUCGGGGUCAUAAUCUCUCACUCCCCGCAUCAUCACCUUCCAUGCCCGAUGAAGCUCCUAUAAAGCUUCCAGACUACUUCCGGAAAAUGCACUGCGAAGGGAAGGUUAAUUCUGACGAUUGCCCGUGUACGAGAUCGAUUGUUUCCUUGUUUAAUGAUAUUCUUGUUUAUGAUUUGGGCGGAAUGGCUGGAUUGAUUUAUUGUCGCAGGGAGUUUAUCUUGGGUUUCAUCCGUUUCAUUCACUGUUUCAUUUCUUUGAGUUUGGUUUCCUAGUGUUGAUUGAGAUGCAAAUUCUCUUCUAAAAAGCAGUUAUUUGGUGUAUGACGGUUUCCUUUGGGUGAUUUUGUGUUUGAUAUUUUAAGACGUGGGUUUUCUAUCGCAGGUAUGGUUGUUUUAGAA